AAGAUUGACUUGUCGGAACAUUUUCAACGAACUUUUCGUCAGAAAUUUAAUGUUUUUAACAGCGUUUGGACGGAAUAAUUCGCAUUUUGUUAGUGAUGGCUUGCUAUUAUUGUUUGCUUUUGGAAACCAGAAAUUCUCGGCGUUCGAAUGAGUCAUCACAGAAAUAUUCAGAAGCUUCCAUAAAAAUGUGCCAAGAGUUGGGCAUCAAGGUGAUAGAUCUUUGGACUGCACUUCAAAAUCGAGACGAUUGGUUAACAGCUCAUUUCACGGAUGGGGUUCAUUUAUCAGCAGAAGGAAGCAAAGUUGUAGUUAAGGAAAUAUUAAAGGUUGUAAAGGAAGCAGAGUGGGAGCCAAACCUACAUUGGAGAUCAUUGCCCACUGAAUUUGCAGAAUAUUCACCUUGUAUCUUUGUUGGGCCUGACAGUAAGACUGCCGUUAAUGUUGCUGAUAUGGACUUUGAGUGGCAAGCCCAGUGGAUCUGAUCAAUUGUUUUGAGACUGCU